UUUCAAGCUUUUAUUCAUAAAUUUGACUUAAAUUUAUCGCAAUUUGUAUUUUAAUUAUUUUUAUUAAAAAUCUUGUAAAAUAUUUAAUCAUUAAUGUAUCAUAAUCUGUAUAAUCUUUUAAAAUCAUGACCUUUCUUCAAUUUUUUUCACUUUUAUUUCUUCAUUAUCACAUUAUAGAACACUUUAACCUAAAUAUAAACUAAUUUACUCGUUUUUAUCACAAUGAGUUCUGAUUCUGAUCCAGAAUUAGAGUUAGAGAAAUAUAAAUCUCGCUUAAUGUCAUCAAUUAACCGUAAAAUGGCUGUAACUGUCGAAGAAGAUGAUGAUAAAGAUGACGAUACACCAACUUUUGAGGAUUUAGGUGUUUGUGUUGAACUUUGCAGAGCUUGUAAGGAACUUGGCUGGAAAAGGCCCACUAAAAUCCAAAUCGAGGCAAUACCAAUUGCUUUAUCUGGCAAGGAUAUAAUUGGUUUAGCUGAAACCGGUUCUGGGAAAACUGCAGCUUUCACAAUCCCUAUUUUACAGAAAUUACUCGAGAAACCACAACGUUUAUUUUCUCUAAUUCUUGCUCCAACUAGAGAACUAUCUCUACAAAUCAAGGAACAGUUAAUAUCUCUAGGCUCUGAAAUAGGAUUAGAUGUUUGUUUAAUCCUUGGUGGACUUGAUAUGGUAUCACAGGCUCUACAGUUGAGUAAGAAACCUCACAUUAUAGUCGGUUCUCCUGGUAGAAUCGCUGAUCAUUUGCAAAACACCAAGGGAUUUUCCCUAGAAACUAUCAAGUAUUUGGUCCUUGAUGAAGCUGAUAAACUACUUUCAACUGAUUUCGACGACUCUUUAAACAAAAUCAUAACUAGUCUACCCAAAGAUAAAGUUACAUACCUCUACAGUGCGACUAUGACUAGUAAGAUUACAAAGUUGCAAAAAGUAACCCUAAUGAAGCCAAUCCAAAUAAAUGUCAACACCAAAUACCACACCAGCGAACAUUUAAUCCAAAAGUAUCUACUCAUUCCCUUGAAAUUUAAAUACACAUACCUGGCGUGUAUUUUAUGGAAAUAUUCAACCAGUACAAUUAUGGUUUUUUGUAACACUUGCCUUACUUCUCAAAAAGUUACUCUUUUCCUUCAGAACCUAUCUUUUAAAUCUGUCUGUUUGCACGGCAAGUUAAGCCAGAUUCAAAGAUUAAACUCUCUAAAUUCAUUCAAAACAGGCUUAUUUAACAUAUUAGUUGUUACUGAUGUUGGUAGUCGUGGAUUAGAUAUCCCUUUUGUCGAUCUUGUGAUUAACUUUGACGUUCCAAACACCAGCAAAGACUAUAUUCACCGUGUUGGCAGAACUGCCAGGGCUGGUAAAUCUGGCAUAUCCCUAACCCUAAUAACUCAGUACGAUAUCGAGUCAUUUCAAAGAACUGAAUAUGCUCUAAACAAAAAACUCGAAGAAUACAAGGAUAUUUCCGAGGAGGAGGUGUACAAUAAAUAUGACGAGUGCUGUAACAGCUUGAGGAACGCUGAAAUGGACUACAAAAACAAGUUCCAGCUGAUCAAAACUAACAAAAAGAACAAACAAUACAACAAAUCUAAGUUUAAACUAUUGCGUUAA